UGAGGUGGUACAGAAAUGACAUGUCCUAAAGGAAAGAAGCCCAAGGGGAAAAAGGUGGCACCUGCCCCUUCAGUGGCCAAAAAGCACGAGGUCAAGAAGGUUGUGAACCCCUUGUUUGAGAAAAGGCCGAGGAACUUUGGCAUUGGUCAGGAUAUCCAGCCGAGACGGGAUCUGACCCGUUUCGUGAAAUGGCCACGAUAUGUUCGCCUGCAGCGCCAGAGGGCUAUUCUGUACAAGCGUCUCAAGGUUCCCCCUGCAAUCAACCAGUUCACCCAGGCCCUAGACCGCCAGACUGCCAUUCAGCUGUUCAAACUGGCUCAUAAGUACAGACCUGAGACCAAGCAGGAGAAGAAGCGCAGGUUGCUGGCUCGUGCCGAACAGAAGGCGGCUGGGAAAGGAGAUGCCCCCACAAAGAGGCCACCUGUCCUCCGUGCAGGUGUGAAUACAGUGACGUCACUGGUGGAGAGUAAGAAGGCCCAGCUGGUUGUGAUUGCCCAUGAUGUAGACCCAAUUGAGCUGGUGGUGUUCCUUCCUGCUUUGUGCCGCAAGAUGGGUGUCCCUUACUGCAUCGUCAAGGGCAAGGCCAGACUGGGAACACUGGUGCACAGGAAAACGUGCACCACUGUCUGCUUCACACAGACCAACCCUGAGGACAGAGCUGCUCUUGCCAAGCUGGUGGAGGCUAUCAAGACCAACUACAAUGACAGAUACGAGGAGAUCCGUCGUCACUGGGGAGGUAACAUCAUGGGUCCUAAGUCUACUGCUCGCAUUGCAAAACUUGAGAAGGCAAAGGCCAAGGAGCUGGCCACCAAGCUGGGCUAAACACCUACCAUGCUUGUUGUUUAUAAGUAAAACAAUAAAAAAACUCACACAAAUUAAA